CUCCCAUUCCUCCCUUCGUCUGCUGAAAUUGUGAACAUCCCACGCUGUCAACAUCACACCCAAGACGAUGGAUAUCUAUGGCACCGCCGUCACGGCUGUCCAACAGGUCAUUCAAGUGACCAUCUUCAUCAAAGGCGUCAUUUCCGACAUCAAGUCAUAUGACGAUGAUCGGGCCGCCAUCCAGCUGCGACUGGACCUGCAGCUCACCUCACUCGAAUUCUUCCAGCGUCGCUUCUUGGACAAGCAGCGCGGCCUCUUGCUUCCGGGCCAGUUGCCCAAUUGGGUCGGAGAGACCAUCUGCAAUCUCUUGCUGAAGAUGGGUCGCGUGCUCGUAGAUUACCGUCUCCUCGUGAAGGAGUACGAGAUUCUCGAUGCCUCCCCAUUGACCCUGAACGAUGAGGAGCCUGCCGAGAAAGAGAAGUGGAAGCAGUCGUUCCUGGAACGGGCCAAGGGCAAAGCCAAAGCCCUCAAGCUGAAGGGAUACGACUGGGCGCUCUUUGACAAGAAGAAGCUGCUGGGCGUGUUGGCCGAGUACAAAGAGUGGACCGACAGUCUGCGCGAUCUGAUGCAGCACUUUUCCCAGGAGGCAUUAUACACCCUGACCGAUCACCCGGCGCCAUCCCCGUCGGCUGGAGACAGCCUCAAAGGAACCGGACUGGAGCCGGUGGUGAAGAGGCAGCAACUGGCGUUUGUGAACGCACCGGAUGAUUUUCGGGAGCUCCAGGGCGACAUCGUCGAAGGCGACCGUGCAUCGGAUCGGUUCUACCUCGGCUCCUGGACACAUCAGGGUGAAUCCACCCCGGUGGUUUUGGAAUUCCGGGAAUAUGAUCGCCGCCUGCGGUACGAUGAUCUCGAGCCAGACGAGAUUGCCGAACUGAAGGCCCCCUUGCGCAACCUGGCCUGGCUCCUGCAGAAUGCCACGUUUUCCGAGGGGAAACCGGUCGCGGAAGAGGAGUCUCAGCCGACGAUCUAUUCCCUGCAGUGUCUGGGAUACCAGGAUCAGGCAGAAAAGGAACGGACGGUGUUUGUUUAUCGCUUGCCCGCCCAGAACGUCGUGGACCAUAUUCCAGAGGGCGUCCAAAGAUUGACGACUCUGCACGACGUGAUCAACUUGGUCGACCCCCAGACCAAACGGCCGACCAAGCCCUCCCUGGAGGACCGGUUCGCCAUGGCCCAUUGCCUAGCGCUGACCACCCUGAAUGUGCAUGGGUCCCUCUGGGUCCAUAAGAACAUCUGGAGUCGAGGGAUCCUCGUGUUUGAGCAGGCGGAAGGAGGCACGAUCGGACUCUGGUCUGGCCCGACGCUCGCGACCAGCGUGUCACCCGGUGCUGACCGCGCACGACGACCACGUCUCUUGGCCUUCCUCGGCGACUGGGGAUAUGCCCGACCGGUUGAAGGGGCCACCGACAUGCGGAGUGAUUUCGAGAUCGAGCCCAAUCUGUACCGACAUCCCGAUCGCCAGGGGGUUCCCACGCGGCAGUUCUCCCGACUGCAUGACAUGUAUGCCCUGGGGGUGGUGCUGCUGGAGAUUGGGCUGUGGAAGACGGUCUCCCGGCUCUUCGAGAGUCGCAUCAAGGAGGGCCAGCGGACGGGCAAAUUGCCCAAGCCCCGGGAUGUGCGGGCCGCCUUGACCUCGCUGGCCCAGCGCGACUUGCCCAAGGAGAUGGGGGGUGCCUAUGCGGAGGCGGUCGUGGCCUGUCUCUCCGGGAAUUUCCGCAAGGCCAGUGAGGUGGAGCUGUCGCUGGACUUUCGGGAGAAGGUGGUCGACACGGUGGCCGGGGGGUUGCAGUUGUGAUGCCUACCUUGCCUGGACCAUGUUUAUAUAUCGAAAGCUACCAGACACCCUGUUCCUCAAUUUGAUCUAUUGGGUCUGUAGGAUUCCUGAAGCGUGCCGCCCCAUACCAUACAGGAGUAGCAUGAAUACCACUAUCGUAUGGGUACGGAUAGCCCUAAUC